GCCAAGGGCCCUCACCUCUGGUUUUAUGUGAGCGUUGACUGCAUCUCAAUUACUUAGAGGACUUUUCUCCCAGCCUUAAGCUGUAUUAAGAUGUGAUGACCGGCCCUUGAAUUGGGCAGCAAUGCGUACGCCUUCUGCACCAUCCCUGCUCGCUGACAGUUUCAAAAUGAUAGAAACCCCUUAUUUUCCCAGUGCAGAUGUGCCUUUUGCCCAGGGCUCCUGCAGCCAUGUGCUGGCAGCGGGUGCUGCUUCAAGCAAGGUCAAGUUUGCCCUUUCUGAGGUUGGGUGCUGGCCCUGUCACCCUCAGCCAGCCUGUGCUGAUGACUCUUGCCUCUGUUGCGAUUGAUGCUGCCAAGCCUUUGCUGCGCUGGGCUGCGGAGCAUGGAGUUUGCUCCAUUUGAAACAAAAUCCACACCCAGUUUUCCUCACCCGUGUAGUCCCUCAUCCAACCCUGAAUCUCCCGCAGCUCCCCGGGCAGGAGUGCGAUGUUGUUAAACAGCAACUCUGCCUCUGCCAGAUCUUCACUUCGCCUGUCCGGAGCCAGAGAGCAGUGCUCUGCCACAGUCCUGGGACACAGUUCUUGCCUGGUCCCUGUAAGCAGCAAAAUGCCACUAGCUGUGCUUACACAACAGUUAAUUUUUGGCUGGUAUGAUGUGGUAUAAGCCAUCCGGGACUUUGUAUCUUCAUUGUACUGCUUGUCCUCUGCCAGUGCUUCCCAUCGCUCGUGCCAUCCAAGCAUCUCUGUAAAUACCACAAUGCUGGCUUCCUAUCGGCUCGCCUGCACUGGGGCUGCAUUUCAGAGAUGCUCAGAGUAAACCCCAAGCAUCCAUAUUCCUCAGAUGGCCGUAAUUCCCCAUUUAAAGUCAGGGCAUUGUCAGCAGCAGUAAUAAAGAGCAUUCGAGCUCAGACAAGUUCUCCCUGGCACCUUAUCUAGGCAAAUAUUAUCAAGCUAUUGAGCUAUACAGCAACUGCUGGAUGGGGAUGACUGGGGAAUUUGCCAAAGGAAAUGUCAAGGAUGAAAUGUCUUUCUAGUCCAGAACAAAAGAUUUAGCAAAUUGUGAGGGUUUAAGAGCCUCUUUCCCUGGCUUUGCUGUCUUAAACCUUUAAAAAGAAACUGUUGUAGCUGCCCUGGUGGCAAGAAGAGUCUCAGCCUCAGUGUUAUCGUUCUGCGGCAUUCAGGGCAGCAGAAGUGAUGAGCAUCGGAGAUUGUGAACUUGUUCCUCCCUGAGGAAAGCGUCGACAGAGGAAGGCAGCAAAGCCGCAGGGGCAGUGAAUCGCCCCCCUCCUUGCAGCUGCCCUUCGGGGUGGCCCUGCCUCAUCCCACGCUCCCACCGCACCAUCGGAGGAGCCGUGGCCGCUUGCCCUGCGUCCUUCCCACCUGCCUUUGCCUGCCAAGGCCCUCGAGCAACUGGCUUCUCCACCAUAACUUCGCCCCUCUCCUCUCCCCAGUGCGCAGUUCCCAUUUAACCGCUGUAGGUUCCGUGGCCCUGGCUCCUGCGGGCACCUCCUGUCCGUGUGCUGCUUGCUGCUGCUCUCUCCUCCCCGCUUGCCGACGUCUUUUCUCAGCCUCCUGAGGUCCCGCUGCUAGCCAGCACCAGCAGCAUUUUUUAUUCCCCGAAGUGACCUUUUAAUUACAUAACGACUUAACAAACACUCAGCACUGACAACAUACCGAAAUAAUUGAAACAAUGUUUUUCCAGCCUUCAAAAACAGGAUUCUGUACCAAAACUCUGUCCUUUUUGAUUCCCAAAGUUAGAAAAACAAGCGGCAGGGAGAUGGUGUGGGCUGGGAACUGGGAAGCCGUCGGCUCGCCCGGCGUGCCUGCCUCCGCUUUGAAGCGGGGUGGCUCUGCAGGGCAGCAAUGGUCUCUGUUAGCCUUGGGGUGGGCCGUGGCUUCAGGUCAAGGCUGUGCUGGGAUGCAGGCAAAUGAGUGAGGGCUGCAGUCAGUUGCUCACCAUAAUUGGCAUUUCCCUUUGGUGGCAAACAAAGGUCAAAGGAAAGUACGGGGAGAAGGUGAUGAGAUGGUGAGAUUUCUCUAGCCCCUUUGUAACCCCCCCCAUGCUGAAGGCAUGUGGGUGAGGUGUGACAUUUUGGGUGAUGCAGGGAGACACUGGGAGAGUCCCUUGGGCAUCGGGGCCAUGGGCUGGGCACACCGAGGAGCUGCGGUCUCAGCUCUUGCUGCUGGUCUUACUCUUCCAUCUCUCUGCUGCUUCCUUGCAGAUCAAGAGACAGCAUGGCUGCGACUGCUGCUGUCAGCCCCAGUGAAUACUUGCAGCCGGCCGCCUCCACUGCCCAGGACUCUCAGCCAUCUCCUCUAGCCCUGCUCGCAGCGACAUGUAGCAAAAUCGGUCCCCCCGCAGUGGAAGCCGCCGUGACUCCUCCUGCCCCUCCUCAGCCAGCGCCUCGCAAACUCGUCCCCAUCAAACCUGCUCCUCUCCCUCUGGGCUCCAGUAAGAACAGCUUUGGGAUCCUGUCGUCGAAAGGGAACCUCUUCCAGAUCCAGGGCUCUCAGGUCGGCACCUCCUACCCCGGGGGGCAGCUGGUUUUUGCCAUUCAGAACCCAACUGUCAUCAACAAGGGGACCCGCUCGUCCGCCAACAUCCAGUACCAGGCGGUGCCCCAGAUCCAGGCCGCGGGGGGACAGACCAUCCAGGUCCAGCCCAACCUCACCAACCAGAUCCAGAUUAUUCCAGGCACGAAUCAAGCAAUUCUCACCUCUUCCUCUUCCUCUCACAAGCCCGUGCCCAUCAAACCGGCUCCGGCGCAGAAGGGUGGAGCUUCGCCUGCACAGGGCACGAGCAACGUGGUCAAGUUAGCCGGUGGCAGCAACGUGACUCUUACCCUGCCCGUGAACAACCUGGUGAACACCGCUGAGCCGGGCACGCAGGCUCAGAUCCUUGCAGAGAGCCCCUCGAAGCCCAGCAAAAAGACUCGGAAAAAAGCCAUGUCGCCCGCCCAGCCUGCUGCUGUGGCCGUGGCCGAGCAAGUAGAGACGGUGUUAAUAGAGACCACAGCGGAGAACAUCAUCCAGGCGGGCAACAACCUGCUGAUUGUGCAGAGCCCGGGCUCCGGCCAGCCGGCCGUGGUGCAACAGGUACAGGUGGUGCAGCCCAAGCAGGAGUCGCAGGUGGUGCAGAUCCCGCAGCAGGCCCUGCGCGUGGUCCAGGCCGCCUCCGCCACGCUCCCCACCGUCCCCCAAAAAUCCUCCCAGAACUUCCAGAUCCAGACGACGGAACCCACUCCUACACAGGUCUACUUCAAAACACCGUCGGGUGAGCUGCAGACAGUGCUGCUCCAGGAAGCCUCGGCCAUGACAGUGGCUCCAUCUGCGACCUCUUGCAGCAGCCCCGUGUCCCGCACCCCCGGCACGGGGAGCGGCAGCAAGAAACAAGCCACGCGCAAGGAACGCACUCUGCCAAAGAUUGCCCCUGCUGGAGGCAUCAUCAGCUUGAACGCGGCUCAGCUGGCGGCCGCGGCACAGGCCAUGCAGACCAUCAACAUCAACGGCGUGCAAGUCCAGGGUGUGCCUGUCACCAUCACCAACACUGGAGGCCAGCAGCAGCUGACUGUGCAGAACGUGUCUGGCAACAACCUGACCAUCAGCGGCCUCAGCCCGACCCAGAUCCAGCUCCAGAUGGAGCAAGCGCUGUCCGGAGAGAUUCAGCCAGGGGAGAAGAGGCGACGGAUGGCGUGUACCUGCCCCAACUGCAAGGACGGGGAGAAGAGGCCGGGGGACUCGGGCAAGAAGAAGCACAUCUGCCACAUCCCGGAGUGCGGGAGGACCUUCCGAAAGACCUCGCUGCUGCGCGCUCACGUGCGCUUGCACACGGGCGAGCGCCCUUUCGUCUGCAACUGGGUUUUCUGUGGGAAGCGCUUCACACGCAGUGACGAGCUGCAGCGGCACGCUCGCACGCACACAGGCGACAAGCGAUUCGAGUGCGCGCAGUGCCAGAAACGCUUCAUGCGGAGCGACCACCUGACGAAGCACUAUAAAACCCACCUGGUCACCAAGAACUUGUAGGGCCGGGAGCUGCCCCACGGCUCCCUGCCUGCACAGACAGACCCUGCGAGGGCACCAGCCUGUGACGCCGCGGCACUCCAGCGUCCCCGGCCGUGGCCGUCCGCGGAGAGGAGCCCUCAGGGACGUCCUCCUGUCCUUCCUCCGAUGCCGCUUGGGCCCCCACGCAGAAGAAGCCCUUUCUGAAGGGUGCAAGGGGCCAAUCCUCCCUGUGGAUCCCUGGGGCCACGGAGCGGCCCGGUGGUGGCCCGCAGCCCGGCAAAAUGUUUCACGGCCACGUGGGAGCUGGGCACGGAGGGGACUGGACGCUCCGGUGCAGGCGGGCCGGGAGAAGCUCCACAGCACAUUCCUACUUUAUAUUUAAAGUCUAUAAAUAGCUAUAAAUAUCUAUAUAACCCCAUUUGGAAGGUCCCUUUUUUCUAUGGAGAUCGUUGCCUUACGCUCCCUGCUCCCAAUUACGAACACUGUGUAUUGUGAGUGCUUUUUUUAAUCUUUAUUUAAUUUCUCCGUAAGAUGCUGCCCAUCUUCUUUGCCCCCCUUUUCUCCUAACAUUUCUUUUCCAAUACUGAAGAGGUUUCUUUCUCUCUGAUGAUUUCUCUCUCCCCACUUU